CAGGGACGUCAUCUCCCUCGACGCGUCGCGCGCGCCAUGACCAGUGAUCUCGACAGACAAAUAGCGCAGCUACAGAAAUGCGAGCCGAUAACUGAGGCGGAAGUACAACGAUUGUGUCUGAAGGCGCGCGAGAUCCUGAUCGAAGAGGGGAACGUACAGCACGUCGAUUCGCCGGUGACAAUAUGCGGUGAUAUACACGGACAAUUCUUUGACCUGCUGGAGCUGUUCAAGUUGGGGGGAUUCUGCCCGGAGACGAACUACCUCUUCAUGGGCGACUUUGUGGAUCGCGGAUUCUACAGCGUCGAAACCUUCCUCCUCCUUCUCGCCCUCAAAGUACGCUACCCCGAUCGCAUCACUCUCAUCCGAGGGAACCACGAGAGCCGGCAGAUCACUCAGGUCUACGGCUUCUACGACGAAUGCCAGCGCAAGUACGGCUCCUCGAACGUGUGGCGCUGGUGCUGCGAGGUCUUCGACUACCUCGCGCUCGCGGCCAUGGUCGACGGGCGCGUCUUCUGCGUGCACGGCGGCUUGAGCCCCAACUUGCGCACCAUUGACCAGAUCAGGGCUAUUGACCGGAAGCAGGAGGUCCCGCACGACGGGACGAUGUGUGAUCUGCUGUGGUCGGAUCCGGAUGAUAUCCAAGGCUGGGGCCUCUCCCCGCGCGGCGCGGGCUACCUCUUUGGACCGAACAUCACGAAGGCGUUCAUCCACGACAACAACAUCGACCUGGUCGCGAGAGCGCAUCAGUUAGCCAUGGAGGGCUACAAACUCAUGUUCGACCGGACCAUCGUCACAGUCUGGAGCGCACCCAACUACUGCUACAGAUGCGGCAACGUCGCGUCCAUCCUCGAGCUCGACGAGCACCUCACACAGGAGUACAAGGUGUUCCACUGUGCGCCGAUUGACGUCCGCUCCGUACCCGCGAAACGACCACCGCCGGACUAUUUCUUGUGAUUUUGUGAGGUUUAUAUAAUAUAGACUGCUGUUGUUCGUUGUAUCAUCUACUCAUCCUCUAUCUUGUCCAUGCUGUAUGUAUCGUAUGUUGAAGGCCUCCCUUGCUGCGUCAUCAAGCUAUCAGUGCGCCUGCGCCCCCAGUCCACUUCCGGGUUUUCUUGUACUACAGCGAAACCAUAUACUACUACCGCGAAGCCAUGUAGCUGUUGUUCCGACGCGUUUCGAGGCCGAGCGCGGAGGCUUCUCGUUGUCCUUUUAUUGAGGCACCAGUCCCAAACAAGAGGGAAGUGAAAGAA